UGGUGCGCGAGCGAGCCGGCAGUAGUGGGUGGGACUGGAUUGAGUACUAGAGCUGGAGGCUGGGGCCGCCUUCCGACGCCCAUCUGCUGGCGUUUCUCCUUCCGUAGAUUUUGGGGAUCAGUGGCGACCUCGGCCUCCAGUGUCUCCCGGGAACUGACGCGGGGUGGCCGCCAGGAUGGUGUUACUGGGCUUACUGCAAGCGGGCGGGUCGGUGCUGGGGCAGGCGAUGGAGCAGGUAACGGGAGGCAACCUCCUAUCCAUGCUGCUCGUCGCCUGCGCCUUCACGCUUAGCCUGGUCUACCUGCUUCGCCUCGCCAUCAGCCACCUGGCCCCACUGCCGGCUGGGUCGAAAAGUCCACCAUACAUUUUCUCUCCAAUUCCAUUCCUUGGACAUGCUAUAGCAUUUGGGAACAGUCCAAUUGAAUUCCUUGAAAAUGCAUACGAGAAGUAUGGACCUGUAUUUAGUUUUACCAUGGUGGGCAAGACAUUUACCUACCUUCUGGGGAGUGAAGCUGCCGCGCUGCUUUUUAAUAGUAAAAAUGAAGACCUGAAUGCAGAAGAUGUCUAUAGCCGUCUGACCACACCCGUGUUUGGGAAAGGAGUUGCAUACGAUGUGCCUAAUCCGGUUUUCUUGGAGCAGAAGAAAAUGUUAAAAAGUGGCCUUAACAUAGUCCACUUUAGACAGCACGUUUCUAUAAUUGAAAAAGAAACAAAGGAAUACUUUCAAAGCUGGGGAGAAAGUGGAGAAAAAAAUUUGUUUGAAGCGCUUUCUGAGCUCAUAAUUUUAACCGCUAGCCAUUGUUUACAUGGGAAGGAAAUCAGAAGUCAACUCAAUGAGAAGGUGGCACAACUGUAUGCAGAUUUGGAUGGAGGUUUUAGCCACGCAGCCUGGCUGUUGCCAGGCUGGCUCCCCUUGCCUAGUUUCAGACGCAGGGACAGAGCUCAUCGAGAGAUCAAGAAUAUUUUCUACAAGGCAAUCCAGAAACGCAGACAGUCAAAAGAAAAAAUUGAUGACAUUCUCCAAACUUUGCUAGAUUCUACUUACAAGGAUGGGCGUCCUCUGACAGAUGAUGAAGUAGCAGGCAUGCUUAUUGGACUGCUCUUGGCAGGGCAGCAUACAUCCUCAACUACCAGUGCCUGGAUGGGCUUCUUUUUGGCCAGAGACAAAACACUUCAAGAAAAAUGUUAUUUAGAACAGAUAACAGUCUGCGGAAAGGAUCUGCCUCCUUUAAAUUAUGACCAGCUCAAAGAUCUAAAUUUACUUGAUCGCUGCAUAAAAGAAACGUUAAGACUUCGACCUCCUAUCAUGACCAUGAUGAGAAUGGCCAAAACUCCUCAGACUGUUGCUGGGUAUAUCAUUCCUCCAGGACAUCAGGUGUGUGUUUCUCCCACUGUCAAUCAAAGGCUUAAAGACUCAUGGGUAGAACGUCUGGACUUUAAUCCUGAUCGCUACUUACAGGACAAUCCAGCAUCAGGAGAGAAGUUUGCCUAUGUGCCAUUUGGAGCUGGGCGCCAUCGUUGUAUUGGGGAGAAUUUUGCCUAUGUUCAAAUUAAGACAAUUUGGUCCACUAUGCUUCGUUUAUAUGAAUUUGAUCUCAUUGAUGGAUAUUUUCCCACUGUGAAUUAUACGACCAUGAUUCACACUCCUGAAAACCCAGUUAUCCGAUACAAACGAAGAUCAAAAUGAAAAAGGCUACAAGGAACUAAUACGUGAUACAUCACUGUAAACUGCAAAAGCCUUGAAGAGAAUGAAGUUUAUCAAAAACCCCCAGUGUACUAUUUUUUGAGUGUGUAAUUUUAAAAGACAGCCAGCUUAAUGGUUUUUAUAUUUUACCUGAAUUCUAUGAAAUCUAAUGGCAUUUCAGAAAUUUCCUAAUAGUUUUAUGAUGGAUAUUUACUACAUCUUUUAUUUAAUGAAAUUAUAAGCUCAUCAGUCUGCAGGGAGGGAACAGAAUCUUUGGUAAUUGGCAGAUUCUAAAUCACACAAUUUCCAGGUAUUAAUUUUAAAACACAGCUGUUGGCAAGUAAGUUUAGGGUAUUCAAAUUUGGACUAGAUGUGCAAGUAUAAAAACCCACUGCAAUUCGUGGAAGGCUUAGGUUAUUUAUUCAUUUGCUGGGUAAUGUAUUUAUGUGUGAGGAUGGGUGGGCAGGAAAUAAACUCACAUUUAAAGCUUUGGAUAAAAGAGAAUCCUACAGUUUUGGUAUGAUGAUACUUAGCAAAGAUAGAGCUAUGUUGUAGGAAGAUACGUCCUUUGAAAUUUUAACUGGAAGCACUGUCUAUAGGAAAUUGAGAGAGAUCUAUGACAAUGACUUAAUUAUAUUUCCUAAAAAAUAAUUAAUAUUAAAGGCUGCUCCUGUAACUUGAUCUAAUUACUAAAUGUUACAUAGUUAUAUGCCUGAUAAAUUUGUAUCUGGUUACACAUCUUGACAUAUGUAAGUCCAAAAUUAUCCCCUUGUGGGAUAAUUUAAUUUUUGUUCCCUUUGGCUCAAGGUGGUUCCCGCAUCCUCUCCAGAAUCUAAUUAGGGAUGUAUGUUAAGUAGUUCUGUUAAUUUAGGUUAACAGCUUUUUAAAAAAAAAAACCAAAAUCUGAGAUCAGGGAACUCUGGCUUUAAGAUAGGGUAAUAGGAAGCAGGGACCUUGGGAGUGUAUCACUGGUCUGAUUCUAUGAAGCCUGUGUUCAAGAAUCAAAUUAUAACUGGGAACCUCAAAUUAUUAUGAUACAUAUAAUUUAACCAGAUAGAUAUGGCAAAAUAUUUUCCCUUAUGUAUUUUACAGUUUGGUUUAAAAGGCUGGAGGACUCAUGUUAAACUCCAUUUGUGACGGCAAAAUCUCUGCUAUUGAGUUUUUCACAUUAAAAUUAUCUUUGAGAAUACAGCCUGCAUUCAUGAAUUAUAAAGAGUAUACUUCACUGAGUAAAAUUCAGGAAUCUAGGAACUUGGAAGGGAAAAAAGUUCCAUCUUUAUUUUUACUAAUUUCAAACUGUAAUAUUUUCCUUAUUUAUGAAUUUAGGCAACAAACCACACUAGUAUUGGCAGUACCCAUGAUGUGGACAGAAAUUAUAGAUUAUUUGCAUAUCACAUUAUAGAUGUUGCAGAUCUCUUGAAAUGUCUUUAACUCUCAUCACUACUUUGAAAUUAUGGUAGUUAUUAGAUCUGCUAGAUCUUAUUUCUUUAGUUAUAUCACAAAAAUUUUUCAAAAGGUUUGGUUAUUUUUAUAUAAUUGGUUUCCUCUGCAAUGGUAUACACCUUAAGUCUUUAAAAGUAUUAUUGUGAGAAGGGAUCUGUAAGUCACAAGACUUGCUAGGGAGGUUCAUGGCACAGAGAAGUUAAAACUGGUAAGGCUGGUCUAUGUUUAGUGAAUAGUUUUAAGACUUCAAUAAGAUUUAGUUUUUAAGCACAGACUAAUUAUUGAGAAGCAUCAACAAGUUUGACUGCAAAGGCCUGAUGUCAUAGAAGGGCUGAAGGUCAGACAAUGGGAAUGAAAUGAGACUAAUGGGAGCGCUUGUCUAUCUGCUCUUUUUUUUCUCCAUUCUCUCUUAGAGCGUAAUCACCUUGAAUGGAAAGCUAUGCUUAGCUUAAAAAGGUUUUACCUAAACCUCCCCUCCUUUAACUGCUUUAGAAUACAUUUGUUACUUGUAGAACUCCUCUUACUGGAACUUAGCUGCUAAAAUGGAAAUUUAGGUAAUUUGAAAUUUCCAAGAAUGUAGACAGCCUGUUUGAGUUGGUAUAAAUCAUGGAAUAUCCAGUGGUAAGACAAAAUUCUCUGGAUCUAAGCUUCAAAUACUAUUCCUCUUGCUGUUUUAGUGAUGGCCAUGUUCAGGGAGGACUAUAGGUAGAAGUAACAUUGAGAUGUAUAUUAUCUCUGUGAGAGCACCUCACUCUUAAUUUGGACAGCAGGACUCUACUGCUUAAUUUUGCACUGUGAUUAAUAAAAUUUAAAAUGGUCUGAGUUAAA